UGCUUGUAGCACUUCCGUAAAGGCAAGCUUCGGAUCGUUUCGCAUAUCACGGAGGAUAAUGAACGGAGCGAUGGCCAUGGCACCAGCUACCCAGAAUAAUGUGGAACCUCAGAACAAGAAACCUAAAGUUGAAGGAAAUGCGUCAGAGUUCUUGCCAGGCCCUAUAUAUGAUCUUAAUCAAAUUGGACAAGUUGUUGCUGGACCCGGAGCCAAAUAUCUUACAUUACCCGGCAUUCUAGGUGCGGGUCUUCCAAAAAUUACGUCUGAACAGCAGGAUACAGUAAAUAGAGCAAAGAAAUAUGCAAUGGAACAAAGCAUCAAAAUGGUUUUAAUGAAGCAAACCCUCGCGCAUCAACAACAGCAAAUGGCUAGUCAACGGAAUCAGGUGCAGAGACAGCAGGCUCUCGCCCUCAUGUGCAGGGUAUAUGUGGGCAGCAUCAGCUUCGAAUUAAAAGAGGACACGAUUAGGCAAGCUUUUUUGCCGUUUGGUCCUAUAAAAUCGAUCAACAUGUCUUGGGAUCCUGUAACGCAGAAGCACAAGGGAUUUGCAUUCGUCGAAUACGAGAUACCUGAAGCAGCACAACUUGCUUUGGAACAAAUGAAUGGUGUCAUGAUUGGUGGACGUAACAUCAAGGUUGUGGGGCGACCAUCGAAUAUGCCCCAAGCUCAAUCCGUUAUAGAUGAAAUUACCGAAGAGAGUAAACACUAUAAUCGUAUUUACAUUGCGUCUAUUCAUCAAGAUUUAACCGAGGAUGAUAUUAAAUCAGUAUUCGAAGCAUUUGGUCCUAUCACGUAUUGUAAAUUAGCGCAAGGAAGUUCACCUCAUCGACACAAAGGCUACGGUUUUAUCGAAUAUGAAACAAUGCAAGCUGCUUUGGAAGCUAUUGCAUCGAUGAAUCUAUUCGACUUGGGUGGACAGUAUUUACGAGUAGGCAGAGCCAUUACACCACCAAAUGCUCUUAUGGGUCCGCCAAGUGGAACUAGUAUGAUGCCUACAGCGGCGGCAGUUGCGGCAGCAGCUGCAACUGCAAAGAUUCAAGCAAUGGAUGCGGUAGCCAGUAAUGCAGUCGCACUUGGUUUGACCAAACUUGGAGCUGCCGCUCCGCCCAUGUUAAACCAAGCUUUGCCUGGUAUAGUAAGACCCACAAUUGCACCUGCGACAAUGAUGGCACCUCCGACUAUAGCAACAGUUACACCUGUUAUACCUCCGCCUGGUAUAGCUAUACCACAAACUUUAACUCGACCUCCGGCGAUAAUUCAACCGAUACCUGGACAGCCAGUUGUUAUACCACCUCCAGCUGUGGUUGCACCUACAAUAGUAGGAACUCCGGUUAUACCAGUUACAACUGCAACAAAUUCCGAUAUAAUGAGGCGGGCACAAGAACAAGCAGCCCAUCAAAAGCAACAAGAAGAAUUACAGAAGAAAUUGUUAGAGGAAACAGAACCACAAACGUUACAGCAACAAGAAAAUAUGUCAAUCAAAGGGCAGAGCGCGCGUCAUCUUGUUAUGCAGAAACUUAUGCGCAAAGUUGAAUCGCGAGUUGUUAUUUUACGAAAUAUGGUAGCCCCAGAAGAUGUAGAUGAAAGUUUACAAGAAGAAAUUCAAGACGAGUGUUCGAAAUUUGGAGUUGUAGAAAGAGUUAUUAUUUAUAAUGAACGACAAUCCGAAGACGACGAAGAUGCAGAAGUUAUCGUAAAAAUUUUUGUUGAAUUCUCCCAGAUGACUGAAGCGGAACGUGCAAGGGAUUCUUUGAAUGGUCGUUAUUUCGGCGGGCGAUUAGUAAAAGGAGAACUAUAUGAUCAAGCUUUAUUUGAUAAUAGUGACUUUUCUGGUUGA